AUGAGAUUUGUAGUGAAGAUGCUGUUGAAGUUGUUGGAGGAUAAAAAUGGAGAAGUUCAAAACCUGGCUGUCAGGUGCCUUGGUCCUAUGGUCUGUAAGGUUAAAGAUUAUUAGGUUGAGCAUGUUGUGGACCAUUUGUGUAGUAAUAUGGUCGGAGAAAACGAGCAGCUCAGAGAUAUCUCGUCCAUUGGACUCAAGACAGUUAUUAACGAGCUACCUCUGACCACUACUACUCUGGCUGCUAGCGUUUGUAAAACAAUGACAGGUCGAUUGUCUGCUGCUAUAGCUCAGCAGGAUGAUGUCUCUGUUCAGCUUGAAGCUCUUGAUAUUCUUGCAGAUCUACUCUCUAGGUUUGGAGGACUCCUGGUUCAAUUCCAUCCUAACCUUUUGGAAUCUCUUCAACCGCAGUUGAAAUCUCCGCGUGUAGCGGUCAUGAAGAGAACUAUAAUCUGCCUGAGUCAGCUGGUCAUGUCAUGUGAUCAAAUACUUUAUAUAAAGUUGAUGAGCCUAUUGAUGGAGGAGCUUGGUAAAUCUAACUCUACAACCACCACCAGGACCUUUAUACAGGCACUAGGAGCAGUCUGUAGACAAGCCGGUCAUAGAUUUGGAGAUCAUGUUGAGCGGGUUAUGCCCCUAGUUCUACGGUUUGCUGAAGAAGAAGAUGAUGAACUAAAGGAGAAUGUUCUGCAGGCGUGCGAGGCUAUGGUUUGCAAGUGUGGAAGUGAGAUGAGUCCUCAUAUACCGGAGAUAACAAAACUCUGUCUCAAGUACCUCACAUACGAUCCAAACUACAACUAUAACGACGAGGAUGAUAGUGAUAUGGAGUGCGAUGAUGAGGUUGAUGAGGAUGGUUCUGAUGAUGAGUAUUCUGAUGAUGAUGAUGUAUCCUGGAAAGUACGCCGUGCUGCAGCAAAGUGUCUUGAAGCUAUAAUCUCAACAAGGCAGGAGUUACUUGAAUCCUUUUAUCAGGAGAUCUCACCCAAACUCAUAGCAAGAUUUAAAGAGAGAGAAGAGAAUGUGAAAGCUGAUAUUUUCCAUGCGUACAUGGCACUUCUUAUAUUUGAUUCAAAUGUAAUGGAUGCUGAGGAGGGACCAGUUUCUUUACUCCAGGCCCAGGUUCCUAACAUAGUAAAGGCUCUUCAUCGACAGAUGAGAGAGAAAUCCAUUAAGACCAGACAAGGUUGCUUCUCCCUUCUCAUGGAGUUGAUUCUGGUUCUCCCUGGAGCUCUGUCCUCACAUAUCCCAACAAUCAUUCCUGGGAUACAGUUCAGCCUCAAGGACAAGCAGAGAUCAAGCAACAUGAAGAUUGAUACCUUGGCCUUCAUUCAGGCUCUGUUGUCCAGUCAUCACCCUACCGUGUUCCAUCCUCACACUGAUAUACUAGUACCGGCUGUAAUCAGCAGUGUAUCGGAUACUUUCUACAAAAUAUCAAGCGAGGCUCUGCUCGUUCUUCAGCUUCUAGUAAAGGUUCUGCGUCCUUUGGAUUCCCAUCCAACUGAUUUUGACUUCACCCGAUACACCUCGUCAAUAUAUCAGUGCUGUUUCUCCAGGCUACGAGCUCAAGAUAUUGAUCAGGAAGUGAAGGAACGAGCUAUCUCCUGCAUGGGUCAAAUUAUUGCUCAUCUAGGAGACAGUAUACAGUCGGAGCUACCGAACUGUCUUCCUAUUUUCCUGGAGAGACUUAAAAACGAGAUAACUAGACUUACAGCUGUUAAGGCGCUGACUGCUAUAGCUAGUUCCCCGCUUCGGAUCGACCUACGUGUGAUUCUAUCUGAAAUUCUGCCUGUGCUAGCCUCCUUCCUCAGGAAGAACCAAAGAGCUCUUAAACUCUCAACCUUGGCUCUUCUCGAUACUCUUGUCAAGAACUACAGCUCAAUCCUUAGUGUUGACCUGUUGACCCCUGUGUUAGCUGAGCUACCUCCACUAGUUAGUGAAUCAGAUUUACAUAUUGCACAGCUAGCACUCGCUCUGCUCACCUCCAUUGCUUUUGCCCACGCGCAGUCCAUCCCAUUAAUCCAGAAAUCCUCUCUUAGCCAGGUUCUUGUUCUAGCAGAGUCACCAUUACUUCAGGGUGGAGCCUUGGGAGCUAUGCUUGAACUGUUUCAAUGCCUGGUGGCCGCUAACAGUCCUGUGUUGACCUACCCUGACCUUCUCGCCCUUCUGGUCAACCCGGUCCUGGGGGCUAGGGGUGCAGAUAUUCAUAAACAGGGUCGGGCAAAUAUUGCCAAGUGUGUGGCAAGUCUUGUGUCCUCUAAUAAACAGCAGGCCCUUGCUGUUGUUCAACGGUUCCUGGAGAACCUAGGGAAUCAACCUUGUCACGCCCUAACCUUCUCCCUCCUUGCUAUUGGAGAAAUAGGGCGGAGCACUGAUCUGAGUUCAGUUCCGAGUCUCAAGUCAACUCUGCUCAAUGCCUUCUCUCAUCAAUCUGAGGAGGUUAAGUCUGCUGCUAGCUAUGCUCUUGGAAACGUUGCUCUUGGGAAUUUACAGGAUUACAUGCCGUUUAUCCUUCACGAGAUAGAUACGCAACCCAGGCGUCAAUAUCUCCUCCUUCAUUCUCUCAAGGAGGUCAUCUCAGCACAGAGCACCAGUCAGUCAGGGGUACAGGUACUGACUGUUUAUGUACCGAGUAUUUGGGAUCAGUUGUACAGGCAUACAGAGGAAGAGGAGGAGGGAACUAGGAAUGUGGUUGCUGAAUGUCUGGGUAAACUCUGCCUGAUUAAACCUGAAGAACUUCUGCCUAGGCUAAAGGCCAGCCUGGGUUCCCCCUCCCCCCUGGUCCGAACCACUGCUGUGACAGCGAUGAAGUUUACCAUCACAGAUCAACCCCAGCAGAUAGAUAUUCUACUCAGGGCUUGUAUAGGUGAUUUCCUGGCAACACUUCAGGAUCAAGAUCUGAAUGUAAGAAGAGUUGCCCUUGUUGCGUUUAACAGUGCAGCCCACAACAAACCCAGUCUUAUUCGGGAUCUGCUUAAGAAUGUUUUGCCUCAUCUCUACAAAGAGACAGUGAAAAGGAAAGAAUUGGUUAGAGAGGUUGAGAUGGGACCCUUUAAACAUGAGGUUGAUGACGGACUAGAUCUGCGUAAGGCUGCAUUUGAAUGUAUGUACACAUUACUUGAAACCUGUGUCGACAGAUUAGACAUCUUUGAGUUCUUAACUCAUGUUCAGGAUGGAUUAAAGGAUCACUAUGAUAUCAAGAUGUUAACUUACUUGAUGGUAUCCCGAGUAUCCCAGUUAUGUCCUGGCGCUGUUCUUCAGAGAUUAGAUAAACUUGUGGAACCACUCAAGAUGACAUGUACACUCAAGGUGAAGGCUAACAGUGUAAAGCAAGAGUAUGAAAAGCAGGAUGAGUUGAAGCGCAGCGCAAUGCGCGCAGUUGCCGCACUCCUUGCCGUUCCAGGCGCAGAUAAACAUCCACAGCUGGGAGAGUUUGUUACACAGAUCAGGUCUACCCCUGAGCUGGCUAUGCUGUUUGAGAGUAUACAACGUGACUCCCAGGAUUCAGGAAACCAGAUGGAAACCAGCUGAGGGUCAGGCCGCCGUGAUGCAGGGCACGGACAGGCCAAUGGGUCAAACGGAAUUGCUCUAAAACGUAAAAGAACUGAAAGCAGUAAUGAUGUAGAAAUGAUGAAUGCUCCUGUUCGAGCUCAUAUUAUCUAGCCCCCAUUCUUCAUAUUAUAGUUCGAGCUAAUAUUAUCUAGCCCCUAUCCUUUAUAUUCUA